CAUCGUAUCUGUAGCAAAUAGCGUCUCUAACGAAAGGGGCGACAAGUGCCACGGUCGAACUAUUUACCUGAAUCUGUGUGCGAGUUGAUUUAGUGUGUGGGUCAAAGCGAAGGGGCAAAAAAGAAGUCAUCCGAGGAAUCACUGCCAUCACACUAAAGAACACGAUCACUCAUCUUUCUAUCGGUCUUUGCAAAUGGAGCACAGUCAUAAGAAUACCGACUGUUAUUUUUUCUAUUACUCAACGUGCACAAAGGGUGAUAACUGUCCAUUUAGACAUGAACCAUCUGCUUUGGGUUGCGAAACAAUGUGCGUAUAUUGGAAGCAGGGUAAAUGCUUUGAUGAACAUUGUAACUUUAGGCAUAUGGAAUUAAGAAAAAAUCGCAAAUCGAUUCCAUGUUAUUGGGAAACACAACCUGGAGGUUGUAGAAAACCACAUUGUUCAUUUAUGCAUAAGAAUGCUCGAACAAUUACUAAUGAUCCUAUUAAUCCAGUAAAAAAUUUUGAUUUAACAUCAAAAACCAUGAACCAAGAAUGGUCUAAUCGUCAAGAUGAUACAAAAUAUGAUGGUAGUAGUACUGAGUCUGAUCAAGGUAGAGGAAGCAGUGAAGCAGGCAGUUUUAUUGGCAGUCCAGCUGUUGAUCCUCUUAUCGUCAAAUUCGAAGAAGGUAUGAGGCUUUACUAGCCCCCCCGUCCAUCUUUCAGCGUACAUUAUCUUACGUCGGCUACUCUUUCCCUUCCACCUAAUCUACAAACGAGCAUAAAUAUUCCAAACGCACUCAGUAUUCCGAGCAAUCUGACAAUCCCUAAUAACGUAUCUAACAGUCUCAACAUACUAAACAAUAUCAACAUUACGAACAAUUUGAAUAUACCACAAGCUAAUGUACAGAACUCGCAGACUUCCCCUUGCCAUCAUGCGUUAUCAUUUUCUCACCCACAAAAUCUACAUUCACAUUCUUCCGGACAGUCAUUAUCCCCAUUGCAAAAUCAACAAAAUUCUACACUGCUUCAACAGCCAUCAUAUUCACCCAUUCAUACUCAACAAACUUCUCAACCUCAAACAUCAAGAUUUCCUUUCCCAUAUCUCGAAAUGACAUCAUACAGACGAUUUUAAAGUUGUCAGGAAUGUCCUAAUUGUAACAUUGUAAGUUUCUAUUGACCAAUAACCAGCAUAGAAAAAGUACAUUAAUGAAACACUAAAACAAGGGA